AUGAGCCUGGUGGGGGGCUUCCCCCACCAUCCGGUGGUCCACCAUGAGGGCUACCCGUUCGCCGCCGCCGCCGCCGCCGCUGCCGCCGCCGCCGCCGCCAGUCGCUGCAGCCACGAGGAGAACCCCUACUUCCACGGCUGGCUGAUCAGCAGCCACCCCUCGGAGAUGUCUCCGCCCGACUACAGCAUGGCGCUCUCCUACAGCCCCGAGUACGCCAACGGCGCGGCGGGCCUGGAGCACCCGCACCACUACGUGGGCGGCGUGCCGCCCCCGGGCAGCGGCGGCGGGCCGCCGGGCUUGGGGGGCGGCGGCGGCGGCGGCGGCGGCCCCCGGCCGGUCAAGCGCCGCGGCACGGCCAACCGCAAGGAGCGGCGCAGGACUCAGAGCAUCAACAGCGCCUUCGCCGAGCUGCGCGAGUGCAUCCCCAACGUGCCGGCGGACACGAAGCUCUCCAAGAUCAAGACGCUGCGCCUGGCCACCAGCUACAUCGCCUACCUCAUGGACCUGCUGGCCAAGGACGACGCCAACGGCGAGGCCGAGGCCUUCAAGGCCGAGAUCAAGAAGACCGACGUCAAGGAGGACAAGAGGAAGAAGGAGCUGAACGAAAUUCUGAAAAGCACAGUUAGCAGCAGUGACAAGAAAACCAAAGGGAGAACUGGCUGGCCGCAGCACGUGUGGGCUUUGGAGCUCAAGCAGUGAGAGCGCGGCGAGGACUGGAGGAAAUAAUGUCUUGGAGGACGCUGGAACUUCAGGAGAGGUUGCUGAGCUGGGGACAUCUUUUAUUUCUUGUUUGGAAUCGUCUGGUUUAUUUAUGUGCAAUUUCCCUCCCCUAGUCUCCCCUUUCAAAAUGUGGAUCUUUGGAAGAAAAGCAUUCCAUAUUUGAAUAUAUGAAGAGGAAAACUCCGGCGUGGUAAGGGAUCGUGUGGUCUCGCUAGUUAUUUUCCCCCUCCCAUGAAUGUUAUUUUGCUUUGUUUGUAUAGAACACACGGGACGAAAUAAUAAUAAUAAUAAUAAUCUUGAAGGCA